AGUACAUGGCUGUAUGAGGUGAGCCAAAGGUGAGUGCGUUCCACGCGUUCAUGGAGCAAAUCCGCAAAUGGCAGCCCAUCCCGGCAGCGUGAGUGAGGUGGUGUUUUGUGUCCGUACUCCCGUAGACUUUGCAUGAUGGGCCGGAGUCCCACGGAAAAAGGCCUCUGUGCCGGACGGCAGAAGCGCGCCGGCCGUCGUUUAAUGGAAAAAGUACACCGAAGGUCCCUCAACUUGUCAUCGAAUUACAAAAUCGUCCCUCAAUCCAAAACCAGAUAUAUGAUAUCCCUCAACUUACAAAACCAUUUAAUUUAGAUCCUUCCGUGGUUUUGACCCUGAUUUGAUCUGAUGCGUGGGAUCCAUAUAGACCCCACAUGUCAGGUGACCAUGUCACCACUCUCUCUCUCUCUCUUUCCCCUCCUCUCCCUUCCUCUCUCUCAUGUUCCCCUGGGCGUGGAUGGCGGCAGCAUCUUCAACGCGGCGAGGAGGGCUAGCGUGGCCGGCGGCUAGCAGGGGAGGAGCGCGGCGGAGCAGGCAGGCGGAGCGGAUGUGGCGGGUGAGCGCCUGGGGGUCGCCGGUUGCAGAGGGGAGCAACGGCGGGCGAGCGCGGCAGUGGGCUAUGGCGAGCGGCUGGAGCAGGAAGACGGAGCGGCAGAGAGAGGAGCCGGCCGAGCGGAGCGGCGGGCGAGCUCUCGCACGAGGAUGUCAAGGUCGACAUCGUCCUCGGCCGGCCGCAGCGGCGCCGCCUCCGCUUGCGCCGGGACGGGGCGUAGGAUGGCCCGAGAAGGUGGGUGAGCGCGCGGCGGCCGACGGAGUGGAGCGAAGCAGCAGCGGGCGCGCACGCGCAGCGGGGGAGCACUGCAUCGAGCGGGCGACCGGCAGAGCGGAGCGCCGACGACGGCAAGCAAGCGCGCGGCCGGUGGAGCGGCGGGCGAGCAAGCGGCCGCGAGCCAGCCGCCGGACCUUCUCCUCUCUCUCGUCGCUCCACCGAACUCCUCUCAACCCGUUCGUCUCCGCGUUCGUCGUGGCGCCACUGCAGGGCUAGGUUGAACCUGCAGCCGGCGGCGGCGCGGCGAUGCGGGCGGGGCUGAAGGACACACUCUUUCCCGACGACCCGUUCCGCGGGCUCGGCGGGAUGCCGCACGCGCAGCGCGCAUGGCGGGUGGCGAGUUACUUCGUGCCGGCGCUGGACUGGGACGCGGGGUACUCCGCGGCGAGCUUCUGGUAUGACCUCCUCGCCGACGUACACAGAUUCGUGCUUCCUGCUGCCGUUGGUGUACGCGGUGAUGGGGAGCUCGAGGAACCUCGGGGUGGGGCCGGUGGCCACGUCGUCGCUGCUGGUGGCGUCCAUCAUCGGCGGCAAGGUGAGGGCUUCCGACGACCCACGGCUGUACACGUAGCUCGUCUUCACGUCGGCCUUCUUCACCGGUGUCCUGCUGGCCACUCUUGGAUUCCUCAGGCCGGGGAUCCUGAUGGAUUUCAUGUCACGGCCGGCGAUCACCGGGUUCAUGGGCGGCAUGGUGGUCGUGAUCAUGCAGCAGCAGCUCAAGGGCAUCCUCGGCAUGACGCACUUACCACAAAGAAAGUCUCCGCGUUCGUCGUCGGGGCCAUCACGCUCAUCGUCGCGCCGUUCGCCGUCCCUUCCGCGUCGUUCACCCGUGACAUCGGGCGCGCCGUUGCCGAGUGCGCGGAGCAUGACGGCGGCCAUGGACGGGGAGAGGCGGAGGCGGCCCGUGAGGUGGGAGACCGCCGGGGGAGAAGUGGGACCCGUGGUGGCAGCGAGGAUGCGGAAGUGGAGGAGGAGGAGGAGCGCGAGCACCGGGAGGGAGGCGCGGCGCGGCGCGGCGGGGAGAGAGGAGAGAAGUGUGAGAGAGAGAGAGGAGGGGGAAGACAGGGUGAUGACGUGGCAACGCUGACAUGUGGGGCUCACGUGGGUCCCAUGUUGACUCAGCUGUCACGCAGGACAAAACAGGGGUAAAAACCACCAAAGUACAUAAAGUGAAUGGUUUUUGCAAAUUGAGGGAUGUCCUGUAUCUGGUUUUGUGGUUGGAGGAUGAUUUUGUAACUCGAUGACAAGUUGAGGGACCUUCGGUGUACUUUUUCCUCGUUUAAUUGAUCUGGGCCGGGCUAAACAGACUUCGGGCCAAUCUGAUUGUGCCCUUGAACGAAUCAAAUUCGAUCAUGCGCUAGAUACUGAAAAAGUACAAUUCGCCUCCCUCAAGUAUAAGUCCAAUAUAAUUCGUAUCCAUCAACCGCAAAACCCUAAAUUAUUAAAGCCAAUGCAAAAUGACUCCCUAGACGGUUUCAAAUUAAAGUGGCUUUGCUCAUUGACAUGGUUUAACCAGCUGAGUCGUCAUGUGGGACCAACAUGUCAGCGCCCCCAUAUCUUUAUCCUCUAAGUUCAAGCGGGGAAGACGGCGAGGCGGUAGCGUGGCCUCUAGGCGGAG